AUGCCUGGAGUUCCAUCUUACAAAGGCUGCGACGCUUGCAGAAAGCAAAAGAAGAAGUGUGACAAGGCUCAGCCUAAAUGUGCCAGAUGUGCUCGUCUUGAUAUCCCUUGCGUCAACGUGGGUAAACAGCGUUACAAGUUCAAAAUUCAGACGUUGGACCCUGGAUCAGACAGUUUGACGCUUCAGAGCAGCAGCACCGAUGACGACGCGACUAGCUCAUCUCGAAGCUCAAAAUCGAAAUCGCCAUUGUUUCAUCAUGCCAUGGUUAGAGUUCCUAGUAAUCAGACUACUAUCGUUACACAUACACUGGUAUCGCGGCUUGAGAUUACUGAUCUGCGAUAUGACAUCACAUGCUAUGGGGACUUUCUUCGACAUAUUCCAGCUCGACUAGGUCGUAAUGAAGCUCUGGAUGCAUCUGCAGACGCAUUGGCCACGACAUUCUCUACUCUUCAUCUAGCACAAGGAAAUCAAAGCAUAGAGGCACUUACAAAAUACGGCCGUGCAAUUCACUCAUUGAGGGUGUGCUUGGACAAUCCUGCUAAAGCCAGAAUGCCCGAAACCAUGUGUGCUGUAUAUCUCAUCAUGAUAUGCCAGGGCUGGUUAGGCAGGGAUGAUGACCCUUGUACAAGUCACGGCCUCGGUCUGGCACAUCUUCUAAAAGCAGCUGCCCGAGAGAAUUGGGAAGCUGGCUUUGAAACAGAUAUGGUGUUGACAUUCUGUGUCCCGGUGAUCGUAGAGAGUAUCUCAAACCCAAAAGUCCGGUUGGAAAAGUGGUUCUGGGAUAUGUUGGACAAUUUCAAAAAGAACAAUCCCCCAUCCACGGAGGAAACCAAACAAGCCCGACAAGACGGCCAAGAAGCGGGAGGUAUUCCAAGUCUGUCGAUACGCAACUUGGGACUUCUUCCGGAUUUUAUCAAUGAACCCGAGGAGAACCGCAUGGAAAUCAUAUGCGCUUACCACAGACUAUGCCGAGACUUGACAAAAGUAAACGCAAUUGUCAAGGCUGUUACUUGGGAGCCUGGCUUCUCACCCACGCCCAUGCAGCUCCGCCUAUCUCGCGCUUACAACUCAGCAUACUCAGUUAUGCUCACAGUUCUUGUGAUUCUGGGCCAGCUGAUGCAGGCUUUUGAUCCUUACAAUCUGGGGCUCGUGGGUGAGGCAGCGUUGUGCUGUUCAGAAGUCGUGGCCAUGGCACAUCGAAUAAGUGAAUACCGACCUCUAGGUGCAAGCCACGUACCCUUGACGUUGGCAAUCGCUUGGGCUGCUACAGAAGAGCCGGGUCUAAAAGCUCAACUUGAACAAUUGUUGAGUGAAUAUCAGGAAGAUUGGUGUGUGACUCAGUGGGCCAAGAUUGGACAUUGGUGGUCACAUAGAUUCGCUGGAUUACGGGAGAGAUUAGCCCCCAGGUUUGAGUCGGAUGAGAUUGAGAUGUUGAUGAAUUGUGUUGGAGACACAAGGACUAGCCCACCGGCUGAGGAGUGUUCUGUAAUGUAG